AUGAGCCUAACAGAUCGGCUUCGGAUGCUCUUCCGGGGCAGAGACGAGGGGCUUCUGAAAGCUGAUAUGGGGUUGAAAGCUGGUGAAGAAGCCUCAGCAACCGUGAACGAGCCUGUCCCAAGCACCAGCGACCUGCCCACCAAACCUGCACCAGUCAUGCAUCAACUUGACAACAAUGACAAGGACGAUUCAGAUUCCGAGUAUGAAGACCCGUAUCUCGCUGCUCUCGCGGCUUCAGCCAAAGGACGAGCAAAGCACAAUUCUGGAAUGACCGCCAAAAGUUUCAAGGGGAGCAAGACAGCAACUUCAACUGUAGACGCGGAGGUGUUUUCACAGCCCUUUGCAGAAACGGGUCAUUUUUGUCCAGCGGUGGUUAUCAGUCGCUUUCCGUACAAGUAUCUCAAGGGAGACCUCUCUGAAAAGGUUGCCAAGGCGUUCUUUGAUGCCGGGAAGUUUUGGAGCCGGGAAUGGGAUCUAUACUAUGUCUACCCUCCGACCUCUGUUUCCCCCAACCCGCUGCUGCUUGUCCCGCCGCAGGCUCAAGUCCAGCGGCUUCUCGAUGAGAUCAACCAAAAGUUCGGCUGCGCGACAUCCAUCCCCGCUCAGGAAGAGAUGGGUGUUUUGCUUUCUUUUGUAAACGACGGGACUCCGCUGCCACAGUUCCUCGGAAGAUCUGCCAGCAACGAGGUCAAGAGCAGGCUAGAGCGGAGCAUCCCUCCCCGACGCUGCAACCACGAAGGCCCAACGGCGCCAUCUCCUGAAGCUGAGCGCGCGUUUGAUAAUUUCAAACAAAAGAUGGGGUCUGCUUUUGACGCCCUUCGCCGCAAGUCCAAAGUGUCCAAAGCCAAGAAGCAACGCGAUCAAGCUCAGAGACUUCAGGUCUGGUGCCGCACUCUCAAGCGCACGCAGUGCUACUUUGGCUUGCGGCCACGUCUAGUCCGUUCAGCUCCUUUCCCUUUUGCAGACGAGCCUAUUUUUAUCUGUGUUGAUAUCGAAUCGAAUGAAAGGGCGCACAAUCAAAUCAUUGAGAUUGGACUCUCGACUCUAGAUACCCUGGACCUCGUCGGCAUCACCCCCGGCGCUGAUGGCUGCAACUGGAUGAAGAAAAUCAAAACCCGCCAUUUCCGCAUCUCUGAGUACGCGCAUGUCACGAACAAAGAUUUCGUCAUUGGAUGUCCCGAUCGGUUUGAAUUCGGGAAGAGUGAAUGGAUCUCGAUCAAAGAUGCUGCUGCGGUUCUUGAAUCGUGCUUCCAACCCCCUUAUGCAGGCAAUCUCCCCUAUGCCGGAGUCGAUACAGGACCUGUCAACGCUGAAGAAUCUACACAGAGCGAUGACGACGAAGACGGCGGAGUCGCCCUCCCAGCCGAUCUCUCUGCCACAACCUCCCCCAACAGCUCCGCUAACCGCUUCACUCUCAUCUCCAAGCCCAUUCGCCGCAACAUCAUCCUCGUCGGUCACAACAUCAUCUCCGACAUCAACUACAUGACCAAACUCGGAUGCACCAUCCUCCAAACCACCACCACCACCACCAACGAUGACGACGACAAAAAACCCCAUUUCCUCGACAGCCUCGACACCGCUCAACUCUACCGAAUCGUCGAGCGCGAGGCGCAACCGCGAUCACUCAGCAACAUCCUUCAGGACCUGCACGUCACCGCCUGGAAUCUCCACAACGCAGGCAACGACGCGCAUUAUACCAUGCAAGCCCUGAUUGGAAUCGCCAUCAGAUCCCGUCUGGAGCCUGAUGAUUGUUUGUCCGAGGAUGGGGAGGAGGACGUGCGUGGAUGGGAUACGGCAAAGGCGAAGAUCCGUGACGAGUAUGCGUUGUGGGACAAGGUUCUGGGAUUCAAGGGCGAGUGGGUUGUUGACGAGGAGGACGUUGAUGGGGGACUUCCGAAGGGGCUGUGCGUUUGA